CUACUUCCUUCAUCAGGCUACUGCACAUACUGCUGCUAAUAACUGUAGUUUGGAGUCGCUUUUAACGAUUUCUGUCCCUCCAGUUUCAAGUCGUGUUUAAAUGGAUGGAGCCUCUCGGAGUCUGCGUGCUUUCGGCCGGGUUAAAAGAAAGCAAGCGCGAAUUAAAAACGCGGAGUGACCACCGUCUUCAUAUUUAAAAUACGCUAGCAAGCGCUUUGCGUGGCUUUAUAAUGUUAAUUAGUAGAGACUACAUCUUAUAUUAGAUUUGGUUAACGUUAAGUUAAUGCUAGUGUACGGCUGCCAAUCUCUAUAACAACUAAUGGCGCUAAACAGUUAACCUUAGUGUUUUUUUGUUUUUUUUUUGAUUUGCUUAAAGUUAGUCCAUUUAAAUUGUCAUAAACUAGCAGCUGCUUAGCUGGAUUAGCCAUUCGCAGUGGACCUGAGACCCUUCACUGUAAAGUGUCCGCGGUAUGAUUCAUGUGGUUGAUUGAUGGGGCUUCUAAGGAUCAUGAUGCCGCCCAAGACCCAGCUUUUGGCUGUUUUGGCUUUUGGAGUGGCGAUGCUCUUUAUUGAGAACCAGAUCCAGAAUCUGGAGGAGUCACGAGCCAAACUCGAACGCGCCAUUGCCAGACACGAGGUAGCUGAAGUAGAGCAGCGCCACAGUGUCGAGGCUGGGCGGGAAUUGUCACCUAUGCCAGAAAGAGAUGACAUGGUCAUCAUCUACAACAGAGUGCCCAAGACUGCCAGCACAUCCUUCACUAACAUUGCUUACGACCUGUGUGGGAAAAACCACUUCCACGUCCUGCACAUCAACACAACCAAAAACAACCCUGUCCUGUCUUUACAAGACCAGGUGCGCUUUGUCAGGAAUGUCACCUCCUGGAGAGAGAUGAAGCCCGGCUUCUACCACGGCCAUGUAGCUUAUCUGGACUUCUCAAAAUAUGGUGUGAAGGGUAAGCCGAUGUACAUAAAUGUGGUGCGAGAUCCCAUAGAGCGGCUGGUAUCCUAUUACUACUUCCUACGGUUUGGAGAUGACUACAGACCAGGCCUUCGACGAAGAAAACAAGGGGACAAAAAGACAUUUGAUGAGUGUGUGUCAUCAGGGGGAUCUGACUGUGCUCCUGAGAAGCUGUGGCUGCAGAUCCCCUUCUUCUGUGGCCACCAUUCAGAGUGUUGGAAUGCGGGCAGCAGAUGGGCCCUGGAACAGGCCAAAUACAACCUGGUGAAUGAGUACCUGCUGGUUGGAGUAACUGAGGAGCUGGAGGACUUCAUCAUGAUCCUCGAAGCGGCGCUGCCGCACUUCUUCAAGGGAGCCACAGAGCUCUACAGGACAGGAAAGAAGUCCCAUCUGCGAAAGACCACUGAGAAGAAGCCUCCCACCAAAGAGACAAUAGCCAAGCUGCAGCAGUCUGAAAUCUGGAAAAUCGAAAAUGAGUUUUACGAGUUUGCACUCGAACAGUUUCAGUUUGUGCGUGCCCACGCUGUCAGGGAAAAGGAUGGAGAACUUUAUGUCCUUGCCCAGAGCUUCUUCUAUGAAAAGAUCUACCCCAAAGUGAACUGAAAGUGUAGCCAGAAAAUAGUGACAAGGGCUGCACGGGGAAAAACUCUAUUAGAAGUCGUAUACACUGGGACAGAGACUCACUAAGGGAGGCUGGUGAAUGCUAAAUCUAUUGUUCCUGUUCUUCAGCUUUUUCAGGGAUUCUAAUUUGGACCCUGUUAGAGUACAGAAAAGCCUUUCCAUACUGUACAGUGGAAUUUCUAUGAGGAAUGUGUUUAAUUUUUUUUUUUUUUUUUUUUUUUAAUUGCUGUGCAUCUGUUGAGGAAAGCUAACAUGGAAAAACUGACAGUUUGUGCUGUGAGAAAGAAUUUCUGCUCCGAGCAGGCUGAAAUAGUUACAAAACCCAAACACAAGGAUUAUUAUAAAGUUAUGUGUUUGGUUUUCUGGGUUUAACAUUGAGAUAAAAGCAGCGACUUCAGCAAGUAUAAAACCAUAUUCAGAUGUGUUUUUCUGUGCACUGACAGAUUGGAAAUGGAAAUACGCUCAUCUGGUUUAUGUAUUUUUCUUUUUUUGCACACUACAUUUUAGGUGCAACAGUACUUGUUUACAAAUUACAGAAGAUGUAAUUGUUAGAAAGCAAAACAAAAAACAAAGCUACAUUUGUAUAUACUGUAUUAAAAUGCAGAGGUAUGUUUUUGGACCAAAUGGUAGCAACAGAAAAUAGAUCAGACCAUUGCAUCAUUUGGUGCGUGACUAGUAAUUUUUUAUCCCACAGAAAUGUUGUCAAUUUUUAAACGUGUAACACGUAUAAAUAUUUUAUCACAGAGAUAGUGAUGUGAAUCUUUGAUAUAACUGAUCGCUCACUGGCGGCUGCUGUUUUUUAGCCUGUGAAAGGACCACAGGGAGCAGGAGAGAGGCACUAAUCAACAGUGAAUAGAAUGUUUGAGUACAGGGUUAAACAGAGCUUUGACUUGGUCACAGGGUCAUUUCCAGCAGAAAGAGACAAGAUGAGAGGUAUAACUGAUAGUGCCUUUAUUACAAUGUACAGGACAGUUUUUUGGUUUUCAAUUUUCAAUGAUCCCAUAUCCAGUUUCCUCUUAUUUCGUUGUCUUCUUAUUAACUGCAUUUCCUGAUUUUGGUCUGUUUUACACUUACCACAUGAACAGCCUAAACAUAAAUACAAACAGCAAAUAUCUUGGGUCAUUUUUUUCUUACUGUAUUUUCUACUAAGAGUUUCUCAUUGUGUCUAAAGUGUGUGUUUGUGUCAUGCGACUCAUGAUGGCACUGUUAAGCAGAGAGUGACCAGGAACAUUGAUGCUGUAGUUAUCACCGUGCGGCUAUUUUAUUGGCACCACUCAAUCUUGAACAAGCGUUGUUUUUGUUUUUUUUAAAGGGAUACAUGUACUAUUACACUUCUUUAAAGUUGGGGGGGGGCUUGUGAGAGACAGUUUAAAAAUUUCUUGUUUGCAUGUUCACUAAGAUGCAAACUGGCCAAAACUGCAGCAGCAAUGUCCCACCCGGAUUUCUAAUCCCUAGAUCAAGUUCCAAAAUACCUGGUUCCUCGGUUUCCCAUAGCACAACUUGAUAGCAUCUUUUGUUAGACCAUCCCUGCCUGGAAGUUGACAUUUAUGACAUGUAUGUUCAGCAUGAAUAUUAUUCAGCUCUGCACACUAUGCAGUUAUGGCAGAACCUGCAGAGAUGGAUGUCACAUAAUAUAGAAAAUCUCCUGAUUAAACUGAUAAGAAUU